ACUCCAAAAUGCCACCGCCUGUCAAGAACCCAACUCUGGGAGUGGCUCCCAGACAAAGCGCAAGGCAGAAAUAACCAACAUAACAAGUCCAACAUGACACAAGUAAAAACAAAGUUCUCAAUCAGAAACAUAAACAGAACCAACAUCAACCAGCACACUUCAUUUGGCACCCUUCUUAGCAGCAGCCUUUGUGACCUUAGCACCCGAAGCAUCCUUCUUCUCCACACUCUUGAUAACACCAACUGCAACAGUCUGCCUCAUGUCACGCACGGCAAAACGACCAAGAGGCGGGUACUCAGCAAAAGUCUCCACAACCAUGGGCUUGGUCGGAAUCAUCUUAACAAACCCAGCAUCACCAUUCUUCAAGAACUUGGGCUCCUUCUCCAGCUCCUUACCAGACCGCCUAUCAAUCUUAGUCACGAGCUCGGCAAAUUUGACAGCAAUGUGGGAAGUGUGGCAGUCGAGCACGGGGGCAUAGCCCUGACCAAUCUGCCCAGGGUGGUUCAUGAUAAUAACCUGCGAGGUAAAGUUAGCAGCUUCCUUGGCAGGGUCAUCCUUCGAGUUGGAAGCCACAUAACCACGCUUCAAAUCCUUCACAGCAACAUUCUUCACAUUGAACCCAACGUUAUCACCUGGGAGGGCCUCCUGCAUGGCCUCAUGGUGCAUCUCAACAGACUUGACCUCAGUGGUUAG